AUGUCAUCUCCGCGUUACAAACCCGAUUUCUCUGAUGACGAAAAUAACGAUCCUUUUAUUAUUCCAAGAGCUGCUUCUUCUUCUUCUACUACACCGACUUCACCACAACGCUCCAAACAUUUUCAAAAUAUAGAACAUCCUUCAAAGAGAUCUAAAGUAGAUAAAGAACUUUCGAUAAAAGUUGGAGCUAGUCCAACAAAAAAUAACGAUAAUAAUUCUCCAUUUGAUUCACGAUUUAAUUUUACUUCGCCAUUCAUUGGAACAACUCAACAAGCAUCUCAAGCUAAAAAAAAUAAAAAUGAGACCAAAAUUAAAGUAAUUGAAACUGAUAAAGCAGAUCUUGAACUUAAAAUUGAAGGAUUAAAUGUUAAAAUCAAGAUUUUGGAGAAUAAACUUAGAACAACUACUCGAUUAGAAAAAGAUACAUUGACUAAAUGUCAUGAAUUAGAAAAAGAAAAUUCUAAACUUCGAACGGAUUCGCACACAGAAAUUCGAAAACUUCAGAAUGAAAUUAAUAUGCUUACACAAAAUCAAUUGAGUACAAAGAACGAAAGUCGUACAAAAGAGAGUGAUUUGGUUAAUCAAGUUCGUAUCUUGGAAGCAGAAAAAACAGAUUUACAAUCGCAAAUUGGAUAUCUUGAUGAUCAGAUCACUUCAUAUUAUAAUAGAAUAUUAUCUAAACAAAAACUUUUAUCAUCCACUCGAGAACAAUUGACAGAAACAGAAAAAAAAUUAAGAUUUUACAAUACACUUUCGCCUCAAUUAGACAGUGUUGAGUUACUUAAAAAUCAGAUAAAGGAGAAAAAUCGAGAGUUGGAUAAUAAAGUUAAACAUUAUAAAGAGGCUUCGCCAGGAAUUGAUAUUUUACAACAAAGGCUCGAUGAAACAGAACACCAAAUUUCUCAAUUGAGUGUAUUACGUAGAAAAGCAGCGGUUUUGGAAGUAGAAAAUACAUCAUUAAAAAAUGAAAAGGCUGAAUGGUCGAACCAUCUUGAUCAAGAAAAGGAUAAAUUAAAUAUUAAUUCGCCAUAUAACCUUUGUAAAGAGCUUGCAUCACGAAGAACAGAAAUUCAAAUAUUAAAAACGCAGAUUCAAAACUUUGAUGAACAAUUAAAAAAAAAAGAUAUUGAAAUUUCAGAGAAAGGAAUUCGAAUCAAUCAAACACAAGAGAAAUGUGAUUUGAUGGAUUCUAAACAUGCCAAAGAAAUGGAAUCAUUGAAACAAGAUAACCUAUUACUCAGGAAAGAAGUUGAAAUGUUGUCAGCAAGUUUGAAAUCUUACGAAGAUGAGGAGAAACUUUUGCAAAUCCAUCGUAGCGCAUGA